CAGCAGGAAACAUACGUUUGUUGAGCCAAAAUGGCGUCCGUGAUCCUUCAGUCUGGAGUGGGUUAGCGUGAAACCUGUCCGAAUAAACCUCAAAUGACACAGUUCGGCUCUUAUUAGACGGAUUAAUUCUUUUUUAUCAUUGAGAAGAAUCCAUCUAAACUAGCGAGGACACGUUUAGAUGCUGUGAGGAGGAGAUGGCUGGACGUGGAGUCGAGUGUUUGUGGAAACGUCACGUUGUGGAUCAGCUGAAACAGAGAGACAGAGUUCAGCGUCAGGCCUUUGAGGAGAUCAUACAUCAGUAUAACCGGUUGUUGGAGAGGUCUGAUCUUCAGGUUGUUUUUUCUGAACGUCUCCAGACCGACAAGUAUGAGCAUCAAAACAGACACGACCUCAGUCCGGGCGCUGACGGCGGCCGCAAUGACUCCCUGCAGCAGGAAAUGGCUCAAAUGAGAAUCAAACAUCAAGAGGAACUGACGGAGCUGCACAAGAAGCGAGGAGAGUUGGCUCAGAAUGUGAUUGAACUAAACAACCAGAUUCAGCAGAAAGACAAAGAGAUCCAGAGUAAUGAAGCCAAGAUGUUGGAGUAUCAGCAGCAGAUCUCCCGUCUGGAAGGGGAGUGUCGUGACCUCCGGAACAGUCUGGCCGAUUUGGAACGAGCCAAUCAGACGCUGCGAGACGAGUACGAUGCCCUGCAGAUCACGUUCGGCGCUCUGGAGGAGAAACUGCGGAAAACCGCGGAGGACAAUCAGGAGCUGGUGACGCGCUGGAUGGCGGAGAAAGCCCAGGAGGCCAACAGACUCAACGCUGAGAACGAGAAGGACACCAGGCGAAGACAGGCGAAGCUUCAGAAGGAAUUGGCGGACGCAGCGAAGGAACCUCUUCCCAUAGACCCAGAUGAUGACAUUGAAGUUCUCUCAGAGGAUGCUGGGAAGGGAACAGGUGAAACGUCACCGAGCAGACCGCUCAGUCGCACAUCCAGUAGACGAGUGUCUCAGCCUCCUGCUCCUCCUCCUCCUGGUGGACUGCUGGACUCCAUCUCUAAUAUCUUUGGCUUGUCUGAUUCUGUCCAACCUGGUUUCGUCCCGUCUGACUCCAGAAGACGUCGCUCUAUGAAUUCGUUCAGCACGUCUCCUGAAGCCGCAGAAGUGCCGUCGGCGUGCGCUGAUGUCAGAGUUCCCUCCACUGCGCUGCACAUCUUCGACGCCCAUGAUGGAGAAGUGAACGCCGUGAGGUUUAGUCCCGGUUCCCGUCUGCUUGCCACGGGAGGAAUGGACCGCAGGGUGAAGCUCUGGGAGGUCGUGUCUGGGCGAUGUGAACCCAAAGGGGCGCUGACGGGCAGUAACGCUGGAAUCACCAGUAUAGAGUUUGAUAGUGCGGGAUCGUAUCUCCUGGCCGCCUCUAAUGAUUUCGCAAGCAGAAUCUGGACUGUUGACGACUACAGACUGCGGCACACACUCACAGGUCACAGCGGGAAGGUUUUAUCUGCUCGCUUUCUCCUCGACAACGCUCGAAUCGUCUCCGGCAGCUACGAUCGAACGCUCAAGCUCUGGGAUUUACGCAGCAAAGUCUGCAUGAAGACUGUGUUUGCUGGUUCUAGCUGUAAUGACAUCGUCUGCACGGAGCAGUGUGUGAUGAGCGGACACUUCGAUAAGAAAGUUCGUUUCUGGGACAUCAGAGCAGAGACUAUUGUGAAUGAGUUGGAGUUGCUGGGACGCGUAACAUCUUUGGACCUCAAUCAAGACCGGACCGAGCUCCUGACCUGCUCUCGUGAUGACCUGGUGAAAAUAAUCGAUCUGCGCAGUAAUGCAGUGCGGCAGACGUUCAAUGCUCAAGGAUUCAAGUGCGGUUCAGACUUCACCAGGGUCACAUUUAGUCCUGAUGGAAGCUACGUGGCGGCCGGUUCUGCAGACGGCGUUCUGUACAUUUGGAACGUUCUAACAGGGAAACUAGACAAAACUCUUGAUAAGGGUCACAGUUCUGCCAUAAAUUCGGUGUCUUGGUCUCCAUCGGGCGCGUACGUUGUCAGCGUUGAGAAAGGCAGCAAGGCCGUGCUUUGGUCUGACAUGUGAUCGGCCCUUUGCAGCGAUUGGUUGAAACGGACUGUAAAGACAGAAAGAAAGUGAGCCCACCCUCACGUCCCACUGGCCUCUUGAACUACCUUUCCCACAAUGCCAUCUGUUUGGCUACCAGCGUGCAUGCGUGCUGCCUGCCUAUAUGAUGGGGCAGCACCGUACACGUAUUAUACAUAAAUAUAUUUAUAUCAGCUUUCAUGUACUGUCGGUUGUCUCACACGCACAAUAGAUGUGGGACACUGAAGAUUAUGCGAAUGACUCUCGUCCUACACGACUCUUACUGCUUAUUUUAACACUGCUUUAAAUUAGUGUGUGUGUUUGUGUGCAUUUAUGCUUUGCCUUAUGCAGAUACAGGCCAUUAAGCUGUGUGUGUGCGUGUGUGCGUGUGUGUGUGCGUGUGUGUGCGCGUGUGUGUGAUGAUGCUGUUUACUGCAGCAGUUCCAGUUGUGCUCUAUAGAUGGCACUGUUCACAAAAAAAAUUUCCUAGGAAAUCUUGCGUCUCCCCUUUACAAAUUGGAAUAAAAUACAUGCAUUGAACAGGAACCCAAUUUUCUUUAGGAUGAAUUUCUGUUUAUAUGACUAAUUGCAUUGAUAUUUUUGACCUUUAUGCACAUUUAACCCUCAUGUACUUAUUUUUUGUUAUGGUACUGCAUAAAAAAGGCCAUUGUCAUGAAUGAAAAAUAAAUUCUCAUACUGUAAUACAGUAAGGAUCAUGAUGUCCACAAAGAGCUUUUAUUUAUUAGAAUCUGCAUAAACUGAAGCCAGUACAACUGCUGUUAUUAUGUAAUUGUAUUAUAUUUUAAAUACUAUUUUUAGUGCUGUCAAACAAUUAAUCGCGAUUAAUCGCAUCCAAAAUAAGUUUGUGUUUACAUAAUGUGUGUAUUGUGUAUAUAUUUGUUAUGUAUAUAUUUAAAUACACAAACAUACAUAUAUUACAUUUAUAUAUAAUUUAUGUUAUAUAUAAAUAUAAAUGUACAUAUUUUUUAAAUAAAAACAUGUAUGUGUGUGUAUUUAUAUGUACAUAAUAAAUAUACACAGUACACACACACACAUAUAUAUAUUAUGUAAACAAACUUUUAUUUUGGAUGCGAUUAAUCGCAAUUUUUGUUUGACAGCACUGCUAUUUUUCCCACAUCGCAGUAACGAGAACUUACUAGAUUGCAGUAAUGAAUUUUGGGGGAAAAUGUUUGAAUAAUGUAUAAAAUAUUAAAAAUCUUAAUUCUAAAGACAGGGUUAAUUUUCUUUAUGUAAAAUGUAAUUAUUUUGAUUCACUUGAACAUUUUCGUGAGAUUUACACAACUCCUGACUGCCUGUUUUUGUAUGAUAUCUGAUUGUCACAUUCAAAAUCAAAAGUUUGUUUGCCAUGCAUAGGACAUUCAAAAGUAUUUUUCCCGCAAUUCCCUCCUAUAGUUUAUUUUAACGGGAUCUACAGUAUGGUACUCUAAAUGAUUUAUAGACUGUAAUUAUUUAAUUUGACACAAAUUAAUGACACACAUUAUUUGGUCCAAUCACAGCGCUCUUUAUCAUAAGCCCCUCCCCUCAGGACCUGGAUGACUGUGUGUGUGUGUUGACGUAUGCGGUGAUGCUGAAUGUGUGCGAUAAGAUGUGUGUGUUUUAGUGGAGAAAGCGAUGCUCUGAUCUUCUUUAUUUUUAUUUUCGAUGCACACAAGCUCAUAUCCUCACAGCGUUUCCUCCGAGCAUGAUGUCUGUUUCAAAUACUGUAUCAAACUCUGCUCUGCUGUUUUGCGAAGGAAAACAAGUGCACUUGUUAUCUGCCCUGACGCCAGCAGUGGAACUGGUGACGUUUGCACUUAAAGUUUUAAAGAAAACAAAUGACUGUAACGCCCUUCAUACUCUCUCUAACACUAUAAAUGAUGUAUCUGCCAUCACGCUAGCUGCCGUGGCUCGUUUUAAAACACUCAUGUCCCCAACGCUGGAGUCUGGCAAGGUGCCAAACAAGUGCACUUGGUUUCAGAUAGUGAGUGGAGGGGACAGCACACUUUAUUGAUGACUUGUGGGUGUGGCUUGCGUUUAGCCCCACCCCUCUGACUCAUUUGUCGGUGGGGCUGAGAGUGAGCGCUGUAUUCUAUUGCUCAACGGACUGUGGAAGGUAAUUGUCGCUAAUGUAUAUGAGGUCUCUGUACAUGUCUGCUUAAUGUUUGCGCACCAUAAAAUGUGUGAGACGUUA